AUGGUCGACGGGCGAUGGGCGACUGACGGGCGGCCUGGAGUAACCGGUUGUCAAUGGGUUACUGUCGUUGGUACCCAUGAAAAGAGCGAGAUGGCAGACAAAUCAGCAUUUGUGCCAGUCGAUGCAAUCGGAAAUCACAAGAACACCGAUCUUGACGUGGACAUUGACGACGAACUGUUCGGCAAGAAGCCACCAAAGGCGACUGCAAGCGUCACGAAGGCUGCCACGGCUCCAGCUCCGGCUCCACCGUCCGUCAUCAAGGCGCAAACGUCUCCAGCUCCAAAACCGGCUGCUGCCGCUGCUCCGGCCGCUGGAAAAUAUCAGUACAAAAAGUCGACGACUUAUCAAAAGGCGUAUGCCAAGUAA